AUGAAGUUGCUUUCGGUGUCACAAGAUGCCACAAAAGUUUUAAAACGAGUAAAGAAAAAAAAAAAAGUUAGACCACGAAGAUUUUGGACAAGGCCGGGACGAACAAGUGCUUGGUGGGACAACUUUGCCAGUGAAAUAGUCGUAACAGAGGAAUGGAGGGAGAACUUUAGGAUGAGCAGAGAAUCGAUCAACUCUUUGGCGGAAGAAUUAAGACCAUACAUCGAAGGAAAAAACACUAUAAUGAGGAAAUCAGUCGACGUUGUGAAGCAAGUAGCCGUCACAUUAUAUUAUUUGAGCGACGAGGGUUGUAUGCGGAAAACAGCUAACGCUUUUGGGCUUUCACGGCAAUCUGUGUCAAAAAUCGUCCGGAAAGUGUGUAAAGCCAUAACAAUUUAUCUUGGUCCAAAAUAUAUUAAACUUCCAAGGACUGAGGAAGAAGUAAAUUGUCUGGUAAAAAAGUUCCAUAGAGCGCACGGUUUCCCUCAAUGUUUGGGAGCAAUUGAUGGAACCCACAUAGAAAUUAGGCAGCCUAAUGCAAACUCAACAGAUUACAUCAAUCGUAAGGGUCGUUAUAGCCUUAAUGUUCAAGCUGCUUGUGAUUAUAAUUAUUGUUUCAUGGAUGUUGUUGUCAAAUGGCCCGGGUGUGUGAUGCUAGAGUAUUUUCAAACUCUAGUCUAA